AUGGGGCAACUCACCUCAGCCGCUAACGCAACGGGUAUGCGGGCGGAAAGCGAUAGAAACGAUGACGGUGUUCUUCUCGUGAAGCCGGAGGGUGAGCAAAAGCGUCCGUUGCCGCCGUAUGAACUGCGAGCAGAGGAGCUUUACAGAUCGUAUGUACGGCCAUUUCAAAUAGUGCCCCCGCUUUUGCGGACGUCUGCGGGCUUGUCGCCUUCUUCGUCUGAAGCGGAACAAACCCUGCUGAAUAGCCUUCAUCGGCGAUGGAAUUCGCUUGUUGUUUCUCAGGUUCGCUUAAUGGAGCGGGAGGCGCUCCAACUGCAGAAGGCCGGUGACGCAGGUGAUGAAGGCCACGCAGUGGCGGCGACUGAUGGUAAAGGGGUACUUGCUCAUGGACUGCAAGAAUUUGCUAAUUCUUGGCAUGCGCUUGCAACAAGUGCCGUGAAUCAGGCGAAUGCAGAGGCGCAUGCGAUUGACAAGACUCUUGCUGAAGUGAACAUAACACUCGAUAGUGUGAAAGGGGUGGCUGAUGAGCAGAAUCAUGUUGCUGAAUUGUACAAUUUUGUUGAGGAUGAGACGCACGCCUUUCUUGAGGAAGUGACUUUGGCUGCACGGCUGCUGCAGGACGAUGUUGUGGCUCAGUUGAGGGACACGUGGUCACUGAUGAGUGAUGCGGAGCGGGCGGAUUUUCAGGCCGACCCCAACAAGCUUUAA